AUGGCGUUUCUCUUGUUGGAACGUGUUAGCUCGUGGCUACAUGGUCUCUUCUUUUUUUGUCUUAUUUCAGGUAGCGUAUCGUCCUCGUCGAAAAACCAGCAGCAUUCGAAAACGAAAAAUCGACCUUCCAGCGCGCAACAGCAGCAGCAGCAGCAGCAGCAGCAGCACUACCGGAUUCGUCCUGGGGCUUUCCAGCAGUUUGCACAACCGGUGUUCACGGCCGCGCCCACGCAAUACGCAACGGCUGCUGGGGCAUCGCAUCGUACUGCGAAAAUAUAAUCGCGACGCGUUGUUCUACCUAGGUUGCGUUUCUUAUUCUUGCCUUUAUCGUAAAUGUUCACGUUCAGUGUGUGUAGAGUUGUUAGAUUUCUUGUUCUCUCCCUUGGCUCUGUGUCUCGUCUCCUCUAUUCAUUGUUGGUUGAGUAAGUUGUGCCGCCCCGCCGUAUGGUCAUGGUGCUGGGUUACAAGGGUUACUGAUCAUGAAUGGCAAACACAAAGAAACAAUUACAGAAACGCUGUACAAUCCUGCGGCCACGUGGGCUACACUGAUGCCUGCGCAGCAGAUGCAGCAAUUCUACAACCCUGCGGCGAGGACGCAGCACCGACAUAAAACCGUUAGUGGAGCAGGACGGCCGCAGCAAGUGUCACAACCGCCACGUAGUGCGGUGAGAGGAGCAACAAGUGGAGGUACAACUUCCGCGGCUACUUCAUCUACGGCGAAGCACACCGGGGACGACGCAUCGAAAGCUACUUUAUGAAUUUUAUGUUGAAGUCUGCAGCAUGUCCUCUCCAUCGUAGCGGGCACAUCGUGAAUGAACCACAACAUGUAAACAAAAUCUAUCAACGCGCGUCAGUCUCUUCUUCGUAUAUGGCAUGAAGAAUCUACUUUUUCAAUUCAUCUAGCUUCGCCUGUUGUGCUGGACCCACGACCUCACGCUACCUAGUACUAAUUUCAAUUUCCAGAAAAACGGUCUUCUGGUACUGAACAAUUUGAAUUUCAUCCAAAACCAAAAGAUAUUGUCUCCACCACUUAGUCUAUCCCGCUCCUAGUAGUUGAACGAAGAAAGACUCCCAGACUUAAGUUCAAACUUAUCAGAAAUAACACGACUUCCCUCGAUCGGUACUCUUACCUGAGGUUCUGAAAACAUGUUUUGCAGCUUUGCAAUUUUGCUAUUGCUCCUUGACAAUUUCGCAUAAGUAUCUUUCUACAUAAGAGCAGAAGAUGAAGAAUUAUUUUCCUGUCUUCGUCGCACCCAGCAGCCGCAACGGUGUCGGCUCGUCUUCUGCAAAGGGGUUGGCCCUAGUUAGUAUGUGUACGGAAUUGAUGACUAUGCGACCUUCACUCCAGCAGAAGAACAGCCGGCGCACUGUUUACCGCAGUUGCUGACCGAAUAUGAACGAAAAGAACAAAAAAUGAAACUGUAUGAAAUGUAAGGACGGCUUCUGCUGAUGUGGAUGCAUGUCGGCGGGCGGUACUUACUUCUCCUGUCACAGAGAGGUACUUGGAACCAAGUACUUGGUAUGACCAUGGUAUAAUGCUGAUUCUGAUAAUAUGCAAUGAAAAUGAAUGGAAUUCGAAUUUUGAUAUCUUGUGCCUGCCACCUGCUCCGCAAGCUGCGCUAACAAGUAACUGCUUCUGCUGCAAAAUCUGGCGCUGAGAUUCUCUUCAUGUUUUGACCGGAAUUAGAAAUAGACGCACAAACAUGAGCUCCGGCAGUGACAGAUGAAGAUCAACCCAGAGGACACA